UCUCAUUUUAGAGGUUCUUUCGCUAGAAAUUCAGAGGAUGAAAUGGAAGUACCCGUUCUCUGGAUUCAAACUAUUUCCCUCAUCCCGUUCACGAACAUUCACUGAACAGAUUAUCCUCUAUCAUGAUCAAUUAUCCAUGAGCUACACCAUGCUUUCAACCUGACUUAUGCGAAUAUGGGUAACCACGUUCGAUAGCGGCGUCUGGCGUAUAAAUACAGCGCAUGACAGCUUUUAGAAGAGCGCGCGAGCUAAGAUGUUGUUGCUCUCUGCCUUCGUCUCUGUAGCCUUGGGCAGUCAAAUUGGUUUUGCCCUCGUCCCUGGAAAAGCUUCCAGUUUCGCUGGUUCUACCUCUACGUUUCAAUUUCCGCCUGCAGAUGUGACAGCUACAGCUUCGCUCAUCAACAGCUUCUUCCCGGAUGCAUCUGAAGUUGGCUUUGCUGGUCCCACACCCACUGGUGAUGAGGCUGAAUCGAUUGCCACCGCUCCUGCUCUCUCUCCAGUCAAAGGUUAUUUCCCUUUGGUCAGGCCAGAGACAUCUGACAAGAAGGGCAAGGCUUUCGAUGUUGUUGACUCGUGGGCUAAUCUAUCCCCGAUGCAAUCCGUGAAGUCGUUCGGUCUCGACAACGCGACUGAACGGAUUCCCGAAGGAUGCAAAAUCAACCAGGUGUUUCUUCUCCACCGUCAUGGUGCAAGGUACCCAACUAGUGGAUCAUCUCCUGCCGCCUUCGCUUCUAGCGUGCACUCAGCAGCUGGAAAUGGCACGUUCAUUGCCACGGGUCCCUUGGAGUUCCUGAACACUUGGACUUAUAAGCUUGGUGCUGAAAUUCUGACUCCAUUUGGCCGCGAGCAACUGUUUAAUCUGGGUGUUGGGUUCCGCGUCAAAUAUGGGGAUUUGCUCAAGAACUUUACCGGUUUGCCAGUCUGGCGUACCACCUCUGAGGAACGUAUGGUCGAUUCUGCCCUCCAUUUCGCCGCCGGAUUUUUCGGUGUACAAUCAUACCAAAAUAGCUACUACCAGGUCAUCGAGAUCGAACAGGAUGGAUUUAAUAACACUCUUGCUCCUUAUGAUCAAUGCCCGAAUGCCAAUAACAAUAUUAGUUCCCUUGGGGGCGAGGCCACUAAGGCUUGGAACAAUGUUUACCUUGUUGAUGCUCAAAGACGUUUUGCUCAAUUCCUCCCCGGCUUCAACCUCACUAUCAGUGACGUAGCUGGUAUGCAAACACUUUGUCCUUAUGAAACUGUUGCCCUUGGAUAUUCCGCUUUCUGUGACCUUUUCACUGAGGAUGAAUGGAAGGGAUUCGCAUAUGGUAUCGAUCUGGACUUUUGGUAUGGUGACGGUCCUGGAAACCCUGCAGUGAGUGCCCAGGGUAUUGGCUGGGUACACGAGCUCGUUUCCCGUCUAACUCAGACCCGAAUCACCACAUUCGACUCUACUGUCAAUGGGACAAUUGUCAGUAGCAACAUAACUUUUCCACUGAAUCAACCAAUCUACGUCGAUGCCACUCACGACACCGUCAUCUCUGCUAUCCUCCCUGCAAUGAACUUCACCUCCCUUUCUGCUGGAGGCCCCCUUCCUCUUGACCACAUCCCAGAAAAUCGCACCUACAAGGUCCAAGAAAUUUCUCCAUUUGCUUCCCGACUCGUUGGCCAAGUUCUUUCUUGCCCCGCAUCUGACACUCCGACGCACAUUCGGUGGGUCCUGAAUGAUGGUGUCUUGCCUCAAACUGGGAUAACGGGCUGCGGGGAUAACCCGGACGGUUUGUGUGAGCUCGAUACAUUCAUCGCUGGCAUGAAGCAACGUAUCAAAGAAGUCGAUUUCGAUUUCGAUUGCUUCGCGAACUACACAUUUUCUCUCGCCAAUGACACAAUCACUAAUGGCCAAUUUCCGAAGUAAGGGGAAAAAUUCGAUCCCUGUACAUACCUACGUAUGGACCUUCUAAUAACGUCUUGUUAAGAAUAAUGAAAAAAAAAAAAGAAUUUCAGCUUGUG